UAAAGCUUUUAACGCGUUGAAUAUUUUAGCGCAAUUAAUUGUUUCCGUUCAAAUUGUCCGCAUGCGGAACCUUUCUACUCUUGCGUUUCUGGUACGCCGGUAAAUCUGACGCACACAAACAAACGCAACAGUAUCAGUGAUGGAAGACGACGUUUUAUUUGGACCGUUGGGGGGUAAUUUUUCGUAUAAAAAGCGUCUUGAUGGGGCAAUAGACAAGAGCAUCGUUUUGUGCAAGCUGUGCAGAAUGGAAUUUGCCUAUCACCGAAGCAAUUCCAGCCUCAAGUACCAUCUCAAUGCUAAACACAUCGGGGCGAGCACAGACUUGGCUAACGCUAGCGUUCACACUCGCGGCAACAAACGCUCCAGCAAGCCUACUCUGGAUGAAAUGACGGGUUUCCGAGCCAUAAUAAGUCAGUUUGCAUUAGAUAAAUUAUGCAACUCCCUGGCAAAAUGGAUUGCAAAGGAUUGUAGACCACUUUCUGUGGUGGAGGAUGGGGGACUUCAGUCCGUGCUACAAAUAGCUACAUCUGACUCAACUUACGAACGACCAUGCCGGAAAACUAUGGCAAACAAGAUUAAGCUGCUAUAUGAUGACGAAAAGCAGACCAAAGAAGACCUUUUGAAGUCUGUCGAGUGUGUUGCUUUGACGGGAGACCACUGGACUUCUUUGAGCAAUUCUAACUAUCUCGGAGUGACCGCACAUACAAUACAAGUGGUCAACAAUGAAUGGCAUUUGGCGUCUUUCGUCCUGACUGUGCAAAAAGCCAACGACAGGCACUAUGCGAUAAACUGCGCGGACCAGUUUUUUUCGGUAGCUGAGUCCUGGGAGAUUGAACGAAAAGUCACAACAAUUGGUACGGAUUGUGCCAGAAACAUGAUGGCAGCAGCAAGACAACUACCGUUUCAACACAUGCCCUCUGUAGCGCACAUUUUGCAAAGAGCUAUCCCAGUGUGCCUGGAAAAUUGUGGAUUUAAUGAUGUACUGACAAAAUGCUGCAAAAUAGUAGGUCAUUUCAGACAUAGCCCAGCCAACACUGUGGAACUGCAUCAGGAGCAAAGAGCACUGGAUCAGGAGAAGGAGCCCCUAGUCCAAGAUGUUUCCACAAGAUGGAACUCUACACUGUUCAUGAUUGGUCGUCUUCUCAAGAACAAAGAUGCAGUAAAUGCUACCCUGGCCAAACAGAAACACAAGCUGGUCUGCCACAGAGUGGAUAAAGCUGGAGAAGUUGGCUGCCAUCCUUGAACCAUGCAGAUAUGUGACUGAACUAUUUGGCGGUGAGACGUAUGUGUCCUGUUCUGUGGUGUUGCCUGCCCUUCGAUACCUGUACAACACCAUGAAGGUCUCAGAUGAGGACUCAACCUACAUUGUGAGAUACAAGACUGCCUUCAGGAAAGAUUUGUCUGAGCGCAAAGCUACACUCAACCAAGAAUGGCUCAAGCUGGCUACAGUGCUCGACCCAUGCUUUAAAGAUUUAAAGUGUCUUUCAAGUGAAGAGCGAGAAGUGGUGUGGAGCAAACUUGAGGAGCUUCUGGUGGCAGAAUCCAACAAGGCUACUUCAGAGCGCAGGAAUGAGCCGCCAAAGACGAGAGACCUCUUGUUCUUUGCUUCAGAUUCUGAGUCUGAUGACAGUGAUGAUGGUCAUAGUCAUGCCCUGAGCCUUUACAGAGCUGAACACUCAGUCAGUGAGACAGACUGCCCACUAUCAUGGUGGUCAGUUCACGCAGGAGCUCAUCCACAUGUGUCCAAUCUGGCCAAAAAGUAUCUAGCAAGUCCCGCCACGUCCGUUCCAUGUGAGAGGAUUUUCUCACUAGCUGGAAACAUUAUUCAGAAGAAAAGAGCUGCAUUGAGUGCUGAAAAUGUAAAUAGGCUUAUUUGUCUCAGUAACUGGUUAAAGGGUAUGACAAAACCUGGGGAAAUGCGAAAAUUCCAUCAUUUAUCCAUCAACGCAUGCCUUUUGAAUUCAUAUCGUGCCACUUCGUGUAAUUACACACAUCGCAACACCAAGAAAAUGAUAGAAAUUAGGUCGAUUGUCAAGCUAAAAGGAUGCCGGAAAUCUAGCAUAUUGUGUGCGUGACGUCACUAUAGGGAAACAAUCGGCUCAGUGCUUAGUACUGAAUGGCCGCGAUGAUGGCGAACAAUUUUGUUUCUAUUUGCAGCAACGAAUCUGACGUAACGAACAUUCUUCUAAUGGUGACGAGGAGAGUUAUGAACCUUUCUUUGGUGUUUUGGGUUAUCAAUUUGAGCCCAAACGAAAGCCAAUGCAGCCUAAUGAAAGGAUCAUUGAGGGGAGCAAUCACACUGAUGAAACACCGGCGGCAACAGAAUUACCGAAUGGUUUGUUUUGCAUUUCUUUUUGUGAAGCUGAUACACCGUGACUGCAAAAUAAAGUAUAGAAUAAUUAUCAUUUAAUAUGCUAUCAUCGGUUUCGCUCUGCCAACCGACACAAAUAUGAAUGGGAUUCGAGGAUUUGUUCUAUAUAUUUUACGAGCGAUAAUUUAUACAUGUGUCCAGUCCUAUAUCCAAUGCGUGAUAUGUAUUUUAUUAUAAAAGAGUACUCACUCUGGCCAUUUCCCUCCUUUGCUUUGCCUGGGCUGGUAAGGUGGUCUUAUCUGAGCCAGUCAUCCUCCUCUUUCACCGGGCACCGCAUCUGCUUUCAGCAGCAAUUUCUUAGCAAAACCUGAUUUCAUUUGCCCAUAGUUCUAUUAGCUUUCAGGUGUAAAAUGCGCACCACACAAAACAGUGCCGGAGGCUGGGUCUGCAAAAUUAGCCCUCUUAGCACUGACGAACUUUACUCAAAGUCCAGCUCUUUUUCUCGCGUUCGGAAACUCAUGGGUACUACAUUGCGACAAAUGGCUAUUUGUAAACCACAUAGCAUGACAGGUUUGAACCAUUUUAGCCAUUUUUUGAUAAAACACGAACGCAACUCUCUCGUCGAUGAACAACGAUGGCACCUGCCUCGACCUUUUGUUUCCUUGUUAUGACGUCUCCGCCCCAUUCGGCUGUUUCCGGAACACUUUCGGAAAUGUUCGUCAUUUUCGAUCUAUUUUCGAUAAUUGCUCAUUAAUGUGAUUGAUUUUUUGUUAACUUUAUCAAUAUUUGUUAUCUUGGUUAUAUUUGUUAUUGAUGUCUCACACCCCCUUUGCGUUUUCAUACCCUUUAAAGUAGAAGUAACUCCAGAGGUUUUUUCAUCUUGGUUGCACUCAAUGUUGAAUGAGGUUUUUUCAUCUUGGUUGCACUAAAUGUUGAAUGUUAAAAAACUUAAUGUUGAAGUUUUACACUUUAAUUGUUAUUUUCUUGCAGUUUAACUCAUUUGCUCCCAAAAACGUAUAAAUACGUUGUAUUUUUAAAUGCUGAACUGUCCCGCAAACGUAUUUAUACUUCUUUUGCGUUUUUUUUUUAUUUUUUUUUAUAAGAAGCAUAUAUAUAGCUUCCGCUGUAUCCGAGAAACAAGGAACAACGCUCCAAACCAAUUUUAAAGCAAUAAAACUGGCCACUGGAGGGCAGUAGCGCAUUUUGGAAGACUAGGCAACCCGAUUCAACAGCAGUGAACGGCCAGGCAGCAUUGUCAGAGCGCUGGCGGCUUGAGCCCAGGCGGCGCUCCGACCGGACAAAACAACGAGAGGACACCUGGGACGCCAGGCGCUGGACGACCGUGCAAAACGAGUGAAAUGCAAAAAUAAUCCAUCUUUGUGAGAAAACGAUGAGGGAAAAGUUUACACAGCUGACGUGGCGACAACGGCGUCAUCUCGGCGACAAACCGUCAUCUCUCAGUAGUCGUGUGUGAAUAAAUUGUUACUUUGCUAUCUAAAGCUCUAUUUGUCUGGUUGUUCGUGGUAUUUUGUAAAAGGAAAACAUUAUUCAGAUGUUUGGAAUGUAACUAAUGCAAAAAAUAGCUUUGUUAAAGUCAAAGUUAUGUUUGAAAUGUAUGCGUUUACAAAAAGCUCAUUUUCUCCGUUUUUUCAUCAGAAAUUGGAAAAUUGCUCAAACUAAGCUAUUUUCUAAUGCUGAUUUCUAAAGAAUGGAAAAAGAUACAAACUUACUUUUUUUUCUGCUGAAAGAAGAGAGUCUAAUCUUUCUUUUGGUGGGUUCCAAGUUUAUAUAGCAAAAGAACAUAAUUUUCUGUUGGCCUUGCAAAGUCAGUCAAAAUCCAGAAAAAACGGCCGGGAGCGAAGGGACUUGCUCUGGUGAAAAUGGCUGGGAGUGAAAGAGUUAAUUAUCAGUGUUUACAUUUCACUAUUUGAUAGAAAAUGUCAAUAUUUUAUGCCUUGUAGCUUUUAUGUUGUGUACUACGCACUGGAAAGUAGUUACUGUUUACAUUUCUAAAGAAAAAUGUUUUCAAAGAACAUGAUGAAUAAUCAGGGUACCUGAAACACUUCAAACCUGAAUAGCUCUAUUAGCACUUUCACCAAUUGUUUGUUGAAUGGCAUUACAUAUUAACAGCAAUACAUUUGUUGUUAAACUCAA